UUUCAUCUUCCACGCAGGAAAGAGGACCAUCUCCCCACGCACUGUGAUGCAGGGUGCGUGUGUUCAGCCCCAUAGAAGAAGGCAUCUCCUGCAAUCGAUGACUAAAUAUAUAAUAAAUAAAUAAAUAAAUCAAAGAGGCAGUGGUUUAGUGAGUGGCACCAUGCGCGAUGAUUAAUCAGUGUGUAGCUGGAUCCUGGCAGCGCACAGAAAUCUAGUCCGCAUCAUUCCCUGACAGCACUACGAGAGAGGGGAGGCAGAGGCACGGCUCGGAUCUCAGACUGUAAUUGAGCAGCAUGACAGACACAGUGAUGAGUGGCGGAUCGGGUCGCUGGGUGUCCAACGACAGGCAGAGGAACAUGCGUCCAAGUGAUAAAGAGCAGGGGAAUUGGACAAUGCAGCCUGGUUCUGGUCCUGGUCCAGACCUAACAGAUGAAGAGAAGGAGAUUAUAAACAAUGUGAUUGCCCGUGCUGAGAAAAUGGAGGCCAUGGAGCAGGAGAGAAUUGGGCGCCUGAUAAACCGCCUGGAUGACAUGAAGAAGACCGUGUGUGGGGACGGGGUUUCUCGUUGUUUGCUGUGUGGGGAACAGCUGGGCUCACCUGGGGUCAGCUCCGUCGUUUGUGAGGACUGUAAAAAGAACAUGUGCACAAAGUGUGGCACACAGUGUGGCAGCCGACCACACCCUGUGUGGCUGUGCAAGAUCUGCAGAGAACAGCGUGAGGUGUGGAAGAGAUCCGGUGCCUGGUUCUUCAAAGGUUUUCCGAAGCAGUUCCUCCCAUCGCCCAUGCCAUUGUCUAAACAGAAGGAGACAGCUCCUAAGGAGGCAGCCGAGCCUCGGAAGCCGACAGCCUCUGUGCCCAGGGAGGCGACAACUCAGCCAAAACCACCUGUUUCCAAUCAGAGUCAGGCUUCAGCAUCUGAUGAGCAAAGUUCAGGUGCGCAGACACAGGCCCGUUCUGCUUAUCCUCCUGUGGCUCCUAAACCAGCUAUGCGGAUGGCUGCAGGGGGGGUCGGCCCUGAAGAGGCAGGUCAGGGAAGUCCAGUGGUGAUGAAGAAGAUGGUGCCUGUACAAAGCUCCAGGGCACAACCGGUUUCAGCCAACAUGUCCCAGCAAGGUCCUAUGGCAGGAGAUGUAGGCGCUUACGCUUCAGAGCAGAGAGGAGCGCCUGCUGUAAGAGAGGAAAGGAGGCAGCCCGCACCCUAUAGCGCACCCCCGCCCCGACAUCAACCCCCUCCAGCUGAUGAGGAGGAGGAGACCAAUGACUAUGACUCCGAUGAAGCCAAUAAAUACGUCCUGAAGUCGAACAAGCUGCGCACAAAGACCCUGAGAAACACCCGUAACCCUGUGUGGAAUGAAACACUCACCUACCAUGGCCUGACAGACGACGACAUGCAACGUAAAACCCUCAGGCUUUCUGUCUGCGAUGAAGAUAAAUUUGGCCACAAUGAGUUUAUCGGCGAAACCCGCGUUGCACUGAAGAAGCUGAAGAUGAAUCAGAAGAAGACCUUCAAUGUUUGCCUAGAGAGGGUUGUGCCUACUAAGAGAACUGCGACAGCCGGAUCAGCUAGAGGGAUCUCUCUCUACGAAGAUGAGUCAGGGAAAGAGGGCGCAGAAGCAGAGGAGCGCGGUCGCAUUCUGAUGUCGCUCAUGUACAGCACCCAGCAGAAUCGCCUCAUCGUGGGGGUCGUUCGCUGCGUUCACUUGGCUGCCAUGGAUGCUAAUGGCUACUCUGACCCAUAUGUCAAAAUAUGCCUGAAACCUGACAUGGGGAAAAAGGGCAAGUGCAAAACACAGAUCAAGAAGAGGACUUUAAACCCAGAGUUUAACGAGGAGUUUAGCUUCGACAUCAAACACAGUGAGCUGGCCAAGAAGACCUUAGACAUCUCUGUGUGGGAUUAUGACAUCGGGAAGUCCAACGAUUACAUAGGUGGCUGCCAGCUGGGCAUUACCGCCAAAGGGGAAAGGCUGAAGCACUGGUAUGAGUGCUUGAAGAACAAGGACAAGAAGAUUGAGCACUGGCACACCUUAGUGAUUGAGAAUCACGUCGCUAGUGAUUAACCAUGCACCAGUAGCGCACAACGAAUCAGAUUGCAUUCAUGUCUUGCUGCACUUUUAAAAAUGAAGUUCUGUUGUUUUGUUUUUUUUAAUAAUAAUUGGAUCAUACCUGAACGUGCAGGCACUGUUUCUUCCUUCUCUGUAUUCAGCAGUAAUUCCCUAAUUUUUCUUUGUAGCGCUUUCACUCCUGAUACCCAAUUAGCCUAUGGCACAAAUCCCAUUAUGUAAAAAAUGAAAAACAAGAAAAGCAAGUUUAAAAAACUUUCAUCGAAAAGGCCUUCAGAUCCAUCAGAAAUCCUUUGCAGAGACACAUUUAUUCGCUGAGGGAAAUGAAGUUUGAAUCGCACUAGAAAAGAUCAGGAAAAGCAAUAUGUUAUGGCAUUAGAACCAUCAUCAGCACUCACAAAGGCCAUAACUCAACCCACAACCUAAACUCCUUACACAGUUGCUGUUUGAAGCAUAUAGAGCUCUAUAAGCAUGCCAGGCCCCAGCUGCACUUUAAAAUAAUUCAGCUGUACGAACACACUGUAUAUUUACACAAAGAAAUGUUUACAUAUGAUACAUUGCUCAGGUUAGGAUAGACAUCUGAUUUAGAUGAUUCAUAUGUGAGUGAACUAUGAGCUAGAAUAAACCGUAAGCAGUUGCUGUUAAUUUGUGGUUUAAAAAAGAAAUAAAUAUGGCACACCUGUUUAGUUUGACAACUGUUUUUCUGCUGUGUUAUUCAAGAUGUGUGUGCUGUUUUAUGUUUGUAGGGCGUAAUAUCUAUGUGUUAAGAGAAACUGGAACCAAGAUAUUGAUUCAUUUCAUUUCUUUACGGGGGGGGAUAAAAAAAGAAAACAAACAGAAUCACGUCCUGCUACCUCUGCUCGUUCAAAGCUCGCAGUUCACUCUGACGCCUCAGAGGGUUUUUUACUGUAAUGUUUACACUGAACACAGACGGUAAAGUGUCCUAGUCGUUUACAGGAGAGAGAAGAUGGAGCAAGUCAUGUGGAAAGUAUGUGCAGCUUUUACCUGCAUGCACUGUGCUUGUGACUCUCAUGUGCCUGGGGCUGCUUUAGCCCGCUUUUACCCUGAUCAUCAGCCCCCCUCCCCUCUCUCUCUCUCUCUCCCUCCCUCCUCCCCACCCUGAUUAUCAAAAGCUUCAGUGAGUGUUUGUUCACUAAUUAAAGCAAAUUAAGCAAAGCACACCUUAAACAGUGGAAUGACCUCUAUUUAUACAGAAAAUUGUCUGCAAGUUAUUCCAGUGUUAAUACAAAGACAAAAAAAAUCCUAUGCAUGAUGUUAUACUAUAUGUGUAUAUAUAUAUAAUAUACAUAUAUAUACAUAUAUACAUGUGUGUAUUUAUAUUUGUUAGAAAUAAACGCUAUUGUAUCUUCAUUAAUGUUUACACUCUUCACCAUAACAUUCCUUUUGACACAGAGGCCAUACUCUGCAUGACUAUAACAAUAUCGACAAAUCCAGAUAAGCUGGUUUGCUAGUAUACAUGGGAUUU